UGGAGGAGAUAAAAGAAGAACUUAAACAAUUGGAGGUUAAGGAACCUGAAGAGAAAAAAGAAGAACCGAAACAAUUGGAAGAUAAGAAACCCAAGGAGAAAAAUGAAGAACCAAAACAAGUGGAGGAUAAGAAAAUUGAAGAGAAAAAAGAAGAACCAGAAGUAGUGGAGGAGAUAAAAGAAGAACUUAAACAAUUGGAGGUUAAGGAACCUGAAGAGAAAAAAGAAGAAACGAAACAAUUGGAGGUUAAGGAACCUGAGGAGAAAAAAGAAGAACCGAAACAAUUGGAGGAUAAGAAACCCAAGGAGAAAAAUGAAGAACCAAAACAAGUGGAGGAUAAGAAACCUGAGGAGAAAAUAGAAGAGCUGAAACAAUUCGAAGAUAAGGAACCUGAGAAACCUGAGGAGAAAAAUGAAGAAUCAAACCAAGAUGAAGAAAAGAGACCUAAAGAGUUGAAACCUGAGGAGACCAAAGAGGAACAAAAUCAGAAAGAAGAAAAAAUACCUGAAGAGAUUAAAGAGGAACCAAAACAAGAAAAGGCAAAAAAAUUUGAAGUGAACAAAGAAGUACAAAAAAAAGAGGAGGUAAAGAAGCCCGAAAAAGCUGAGGAAGAAAAGAAACCUGAGACUAAAGAAGAACCAAAACAAGUGAAAGAAAGACCAAAACAAUCUGUAGAUCCAAAAAAUGGGAAGGAAAAUAAGCCCAAACAAAUCGAGGAAGCUCCAAAACAAGAAGAGGAACAAAAACAAUCUGAAGAGCCAGAGAAAAAAAUUCCAAAACAGGUAGAUCAACAACCCGAGAUUGAUCCGAAACGAGUGGAAGAACCUAAAAAACAAGAAGCACCAAAACAAGUGGAAGAACCCAAAAAACAUGAAGUACCAAAACAAGGGGAAGACAAAAGGCCUGAAAAGAACCCGGAGAAAGCUGAAACAAAGGAUAUAAAGGAAAAGGAAAAGAAAAAAAUGAAAAGUCCCAUUCUCCCAAAUAUAAUUGACGAGACGAAAGCAGUUACAUCCGAAGGAACAUCAGAAGAUGUCUUUAUUCCACCAACUUCUAUAGCGAUAUCAUUACCUCCUCCAAAACCAACAGUUAUUUCACCAACCGUCACAUCAUCAACUUUUCCCGAUUUGCCCAAAGAAAUUGAGGUUUCUGAAGAAUCACGUGAAAAAUCAGAAACAGAAAUUGCGUUAAAAUUGAAUCAAAUGAAUUGGAAGGAAGUGAUAGACAACCCAACAUUUGCCGCGCAAAUUAUAAAAUUCAUGCCCAGAGAUCUCGCUAAUAGUAUUGGGAUAUCAGAAAAAGAUAUCAAAACAAUUAAAUUAGAAAAUUCACCUGGAAAUGGUUUGAUUUUGAAAUUGGCUAUACCAAAUGAAUAUGUGAAUGAUGCGAUUCACGUUAUUAAAGAUCCUACAAGUAAAUUCUAUACCGAGGGAACAGUAUUGAAUCAGUAUGUGGAUCCAACUUAUCCAAUUCCUCAAAAUAUACAUGCAGAACAAUCAUUUUCAGCAAAUAGAGGAAUUUUAAUUGGAGCGUUGGUUGCAGGAACCACACUUUUAUAUGCAAGCUUAACAGCUUUAUAUAUACGAUUUCAAAGAAAGAAGAAACAACGACAGCUCCAAGAACAACAAGAAGUUUAUUUCUCUAACUUGACUGUUCCGAUAUACAAUCACAGUUUGAAUUUGCAAUAA